AGUCAUGUGGCCGCGUACUCUCACACAGGAGUCUUUCCUGAAGAAGUCAUCGUCUGGCGAACACACUGUGGUGUGUCGCACAAGAUUCUCAAAUAAUGGUAUUGUUGCACGUGCUAUUCGAACAUGCGGCGGGUUACGCGCUGUUCGCCGUCAAAGAGGUUGAAGAGAUUGGAAUGCUGCUACCCCAGGUGGAGGAAAGCGUCCUGAACAUUGGCAAGUUCAACAAUGUAGUGAAACUAGCAGCAUUCUUCCCUUUUAAGUCUGCACAGGCUGCCCUGGAGAACAUAAAUGCAAUCUCUGAAGGGGUUGUGCAUGCGGACCUGAAGCGCUUCCUGGAGACAAAUCUGCCCUCUGGUGGUAAAACCAAGGCAGUGCUGGGUGUGGCAGAUGCCAAAGUGGGGGCUACGCUUCAGGAGGAACUGGAGCUCUCCAUUCAGACCGGUGGUGUGGUAGCAGAGAUCAUCAGAGGUGUGCGUCUGCACUUCCACUCCCUGGUGCGUGGCCUGACUGCGCUGGCGGCCUCCAAAGCGCAGCUGGGUCUGGGCCACAGCUACUCGCGCGCUAAGGUCAAGUUCAAUGUCAACCGAGCUGACAACAUGAUCAUCCAGUCCAUUGCUCUGCUGGACCAGUUGGACAAGGACAUCAACACGUUCUCCAUGCGUGUGCGUGAGUGGUAUGGCUAUCACUUCCCAGAGCUGGUGAAGAUUGUGCCUGACAACUCGACGUAUUGUCGUAUGGCCAAGCUGAUCGGGAAUCGGAAAGAACUGAGCGAGGAGAACCUGGAAGCCAUGGAGGAGGUUGUAAUGGACAGUGCCAAGGCCCAAGCCAUCCUAGAUGCUUCCCGAAGUUCCAUGGGUAUGGACAUCUCUCCUAUUGACCUAAUCAACAUUGAGAGCUUCUCCAGUCGGGUCGUAUCAUUGACUGCCUACCGGCUAGAACUCCAGGAGUACCUGCGCUCCAAAAUGACCCAGGUUGCCCCCAACUUGGCUGCUCUCAUUGGAGAUGUGGUGGGUGCACGUCUGAUCUCUCACGCCGGCAGUCUGACGAACCUGGCCAAGUACCCGGCGUCCACGGUGCAGAUCCUGGGCGCAGAGAAGGCCCUGUUCAGAGCCCUGAAGACAAAAGGAAAUACACCCAAGUAUGGUCUGAUCUUCCACUCCACUUUCAUCGGACGAGCUGCUGCCAAGAACAAGGGUCGCAUCUCCCGUUACCUUGCCAACAAGUGCACGAUUGCUUCCCGUAUUGACUGCUUCUCUGAGGUGCCCACCAGUGUGUUUGGUGAUAAGCUGAGAGACCAGGUGGAGGAGAGGCUUGCGUUCUAUGAGACUGGCGACGCACCCCGCAAGAACGUCGAAGUCAUGAAGGAAGCUGUGAAAGAGGCCGGAGAGGUUGCAGCUGAGAUCAAACGAAAGAUGGACAAGAAAGAGAAGAAACGCCUGAAAAAGGAGAAGCGGAAGUCCGAGGCCCUCUCCACAUGCGAGGGAGAGGAGGAAGAGGUCAAGCCCAAGAAGGCCAAGUCCAACGGAGAUGCCUCAUCACAGGAGAAUGGGGAGGCGGAGGCUGAGGUGACGGUCAAGAAGAAGAAAAAGAAGCAGCAGGCUGCCGAGGAGGAGAUGGAAGUGAAAGAGGAGGGUGAGGAGGCAUCUGUGGAGACGACCACGCCGAAGAAGAAAAAAAAGAAGCAGGCUGAAGAGGUGAAGGAGGACGAGGAGGAAGCAGUCUCCGAGAACGGAGUCGAGGACACGCCGUCUAAGAAAAAGAAGAAAAAGGUGAAGGCGGAGGCUGAGGAAGAGACUGCAGAGCCUAUAUCAGAAAAGAAGAAAAAGAAAAAGGCCAAGAAGGAGGCUGAGGACAAGUGAAUGAAUGAUUUCACACCUCUAAGCGAGGGGAAAAUGAACUGAACUGAAUCUUUUUUUUUUUUUUUUUUUUUUUCUUAGUAUUGUACAGCUUUCAUUUGUAUUUUGUCAUGAGUUCCCAGGUUAUCCUUGCAGGUGAGCAAGGUGGGAAUGAGCUAGGAAAGGCCUAGGUAUACCCGCUAAGCUCUGUUUUUUUAACCAUUGUAUAUAGUGUCUCAGUUCUUCAUGCACCUUCUGACAUUCAGCUUUGUGCCUUUAGGCUCUACAGGAUGUUCCACCAGGCCAUUUGGUCACUAGUGGUCAGUGCUUAAAUUGCUUGGUGGCAUUGUGUGUGCAAACUGUAAUUGUGAAAUCAAAUUAAACCAUGUGGAUUUUGCAGUAUUUGCAUCUGAUAUGGUCCUUAAGACUUUAUAACGGAAGUUGUUUGCUGUUUCCUUUACAAACGGCUGUCUUUGACUGAAAUACCAAUACCCUCUACUGCCUCUUCAGUUUGUCCAGAUGAAACUGUAAAGGACAGUCUCACACUAUCCUGCCAACAUUUUAAUUUCCAUCCACCAAUUCUAACCUGUACAGAGCAUGAUUAAAUGGGUGUGUGCAGAUACACAGAAUCACAAUACCCAACUCGGGGCUGAAAUGCCUAGUGCUGCAUUGCUGCAUUGUGACAAGUGAUUUAGAUUACCCCAAAUGAUAUAAGCACCUCUAGUCUCUAAACUAAUACUAGAAUUCUAUUCUAGCGUGGGCAUCUAUCUAAAGGCAUGCCACCUGACCUGCAGUGAUUGUAUCCAGCUUUCCAACCCCGUCCACAAACUGAUCAGGGCCUUGAGUUUUCCCUGUGACUGUCUUGGUGGAAACUAGAUGUGCACCUAUUCUGGUGUCAGUUAUGUGAAAGCAGUUGUUGAGAGGUGGGUUGCCAGUCCAAAUCAGAGGCGAGAUUAGCCAAGAUCUACUGAGACAGUGAUGCUCUUUUACAAAAGUUGAUGUAUGUUAAACCUGUGAAAUAAACCUUUUAAAGAA